UUGGAUGAAACAAAAAAGGCGGGACUUCAAAAACUCAGAAAUCGAAUCAGUGCGAAAAUCACCAGAAAGAAGAAGAGUAGAAACAAUGGCAGAUGAAGCACCGCUGGAUUUAGAGGCACUUCAGAGUCGAAUUAAAAAACUCGCUGAAAUUCGAAGCAAUGGUCAUGACGACGCAGAUUUGAUGUCUACGGAUGAGGACGAUUUGCUCAGAGAUUGUGUCUUUCAGCUUGAGGGGAAAAUGAAUGAGAUUAUUGAAGAAUACUCGGAUGUCAGUUCCUUACCAGCUGAAGAUUUUGAUACAUAUUUGGAGAAUUUAAAAAGGGAGCUUAGUUCUGUGGAGGCUGAAAAUGCUAAACUUUCUGGUGAAGUUGGAAACCUUAUGAAGGGCUACUUGGAAGAUUCUAUCCGAUUGCAGUGCAAUAUUGAAGGACUAACUUCUUCUUUGGAGUUCAUUCAGUCACAGGGUCUUGUAACGAAAAGCGCAGAUGCUCGUACUGAAUGCUCUUCGCUGGCAGAACAUCAACUGGAAUCCAAAGGUGUACAUGGUGGCUGCAAGUUUGAGCUUUUAGAGCUCAAUAGUCAGAUUGAAAAGAAAGAAGGAAUUUUGAAGUCUUUGGAAGAUCUUGACUACACUCUGAAAAGGUGUGAAGGUCUUUUAAAGGUUGAGGACACACUGACUGGACUUGAAGUCAUUGGAUAUGAAGGGAACCGAAUCAGUUUAUCAUUAAGAACACAUAUUCCUGAAAUAGAAAUGCUCGAGCAGAAUCAUGAGUUGGCUAUAGAACUUUUGGAUGACACGUUGGAAUUAAAGAAUGCUGAGAUUUUCCCAAAUGAUGUGUAUAUUGGUGAGAUUAUUGAUUCUGCCAAGUCAUUUACACACCAAUUUUCUCUUCUUCCAAUGCCUGAGAACAAGUCGUCAUUGGAGUGGUUUGUACGAAGAGUGCAGGACAGAAUAGUUUUAAGCACAUUGAGGAAAUAUUUGGUCAAGGAUGCAAGCAAGUCAAGGCACUCCAUCGAGUACAUAGACAGAGAUGAGAUGGUACUGGCUCAUAUGGUGGAUGGAGUUGAUGCUUUCAUAAAGAUGCCUCAAGGGUGGCCAAUGGCUAGUUCUGCAUUGAAGCUACAAUCUUUAAAGGGUUCAAGUCAAUCUUCCAAGGAGGUUACUUUCAGCUUUCUUUGCAAAGUUGAGGAAAUGGUGAAUUCGUUGGACGAACAAGUAUGUCAAAAUCUUUCUACAUUUAUUGAUGCAGUUAAAGAAAUUCUCGAGCAAAGAAUGCGUGUAGAACUUCAAUCCAGUAAUAGCAUCAACAACUAAGAUACUGCUAAAGGAAUCUAUAGCUUUGCCAUCCUUCAGAAGCUGCUUCAGUAUCUACGUUUUUUUUCAGUAUCUAUGUUUUCCAAGUUCAUCAGAGAAAUAACAAGUCUUCUGUCACUUUUAUGCUUUUCUGUGGAUGGAUUUAUUUAACCUUUUUAUUUAUUUAUUUAUGUAUGUGGUCGUGUGUUGAGAAACUCAUUAUGCAAAUUAUGUAAAUAUAUAUAUCUUUAAAUUAUGGUUAAACAGUUA